UUUUGAUCAUGUAGAAUCUAAAACACCCACAUAUUUUUAGAGAUUUUGUCUUCAUAUUUGUAUUUGGUUGCAAAAGUAAAGAAUGCGCUUCUUACCCCAAAAUCAAUUCAAAGAUUCAUCCACUUGUGACUGCUUUGACAUUUAAGGGAUAUCCAUGAGCACAGAGGUGUACUACUUUCUGUUGAUUCUCAUUGUCCUCCCAGUGCGACUUUUCUUCAGCCUGUGGUCUUGGAUUGGCUGGGAACUGUUUAGAAACAAUUGAAAAUAGUCACAUCUUUCAAGAUGAGAUUAGCUGAGCUCGCUGGUGACGAAGCAUUUGGAGAGAAGUCAAGAACAUUCGUCUUUCAAGAUGAGGGCCAUACUUUAGGCAACGCUCUUCGUUGCAUCAUUGUCCGUUAUCCUGAAGUAAUGUUCUGCGGCUACACUGUGCCACAUCCAGCUGAAGCUAAAAUGCACUUCCGCAUUCAGACUAAUGGUCCUCGAGCUGUUGACAUUUUACGGAGAGGGCUGGAGGACCUGGCUAAAGUGUGCGACCACACUACUACAGUAUUCCAAGAAAAAAUGACUGCCUUCAAAGCUACGAGCACCUCAUGAUGUCUCUUUUCUUAAAAUGUUCAAUCUAGUCUAUUUUUUCAUAUAAUAAAAAGAGAACAAAACUU